AUGCCUCCCAUCCUGGUUCUGGGGCUCCCGGCGGCUGGGCUCGGCCCCACUGCCCACGGCCUCCCGGACACGCUGGACCAGAAGGUGACCCAGGGCAGCGAGACGCUGGUGGACAACCUCAGACUAGCCUCUAGGAACCCCGACUUUGCCUAGCUCUACAAGCAGUCGGCUCGGAAGAACCCCAAUAAGAAUGUCAUCUUCUCCCCGUGAGCGAUGAGCGUCUCCACCGCGUUAGCCUUCCUGUCGCUGGGGGCCCGCGGCCGCACCCUGAGGGUCAUCCACAGGGGCCUCAAGUUCAGCCUCACGGAGACCUCCGAGACGGAAACCCACCAGCUUCCAGCACCUCCUGCGCGCCUCGGCCAGCCCCUCGGCCGGCUGCAGCUGAGCGUGGGCAACGCCAUGGUCGUCAGCGAGCAGCUGCAGGUGCUGGCCAAGUUCAGGGCCGACACCACGGCGCUGCACGCCUCCGAGGCUCUCUCCACCGACUACCGGGACUCCCCCGAGGCCCAGGGGCUCAUCAACGCCAAGGCUUCUGUGUCCCGGCCACGCCGACUGCGCAGCCCCUCAGCUCCUUUGAAGGCUCCCAAACCUUGGAUUUCAGACCAAGGACUCCGGAGGAUGGAGGCCCCCCGGUGGUGGCUGCUGGUCCCUGCGCUCACGGCGGUGGGCCAUUGCCUGGCCCUGGCUAACCAGGAGGAUUCCGGCCCCCCGGCCCCCGGCCCCCAGGACGUGCCUCCCGGGCCGGCCCUGCCCUGCCACAAGCUUUCCGUGAGCAACAUAGACUUUGCCUUCAACCUCUACAGACAGCUGGCCUCGGAGUCCCCCGGAGAGAACAUCCUCUUCUCCCCGGUGAGCAUCUCCUCGGCCUUGGCCAUGCUCUUCCUCGGCGCCCCUGCAGCCAGCAGGGCCCCACUCCUGGAGGGCCUGGGCUUCAACCUCACCCUGGUGUCCGAGGCCGAGAUCCAGGAGGGCUUCCGGGACCUGCUGCUCCGGCUCCCGGUGCAGGGCCCCCAGCUCCUCCUGUCGGUGGGCCAGCGCAGGUUCAGCGGCCUGGGCCCGGGGGCUGCCCGGGACCCGGUGGGGGCCCAGACAAGCAUCCGGGAGUACGUAGAGAAGCAGACCCAGGGGCAGCUCGGCGCCUGGGUGGAGGGACUCAGCGAUGCCACCGCGGAGGUCCUGGUGAGUCACCUGCUCCUCAGAGCCGGAUGGGCGCGACCCUUUGACCCGCGAGCCACCGGCCCGAAGGCGUUCUUUGUGGACGAGCACAGGGCCGUGCAGGUGCCCAUGAUGAGGCAGAAGGCGCGCCACCGCCUCCUGCAGGACCCCGAGCUGCAGUGCACGGUGCUGCAGAUGGAGCACGCCGCCAACGCCACCUCCUUCUUCGUCUUCCCGCAGCGGGGCGCGCUGGCGCAGCUGGAGGACGCCCUGCUGCCCGAGACGCUGAUCAAGUGGGACCGUCAGCUCAGGACGAGAGAACUCGAUUUCCACUUCCCCAAGUUCUCCAUCUCCAGCACCGCCAGCCUGGAGCUGCUCCUCCCACGAGCGGCGGUGGGCGGAGGCCUCCCCGGGCAGCCCGGACUGAACAUCUCGAAGGUUGCACACAAGGCUGCGAUGACGCUGGACGAGGGGGGCAUAGAGGUGGCUGCCGCCACCAGCAUCCAGCUCACGCCGGGACCCCGCCCCGACCUCGACGCCUCGCCCGCUCCCGACGCGGAGUUCAACCGGCCCUUCCUGCUGAUGACCUUCCACACGGACACGGGGAGCCUGCUGCUCCUGGGGAAGAUCGUGAACCCGCUGGGGUGA